AUGCCGCCUAAACAGUUUACUACAUCUCCUACAAUUCUUACUAUACGUUCGAGGGUUGCCCAGGAAGCACAUUUCAUAAUCAAUGAGAUUCUACCCGCAAAAAUUGUUUCCCUACAACAAUCUAGUUCGUUCAAUAUGUACGAUAAUGAUCAAGCUGAAGUAAACGAGACAAGCGCUAAAACAGUUCCCAAAAAACAUAAAAGAACAGAGGACAUGGUGCCAACGCGCAUCUGCAACGAAAAGGAAAUUGGAGAUAUACACACGCAGCUUCGAAACGAAAUUAGCGAGCUUGUGGGAUAUUGUGUAAAAAUACGAUUGUGGGCAACGUUAUUAAUGCCAAGAUUCAACAAUGAGAACAGGUUAAAUGAACCAAUUGAAGAUGUAAUUUCCGAAUUAUCGCGUGUUGAAAACGAAGGAUUUGCAUUUCUCGACAGCAUUGUACAAUACUAUAAUACGCGUGCGCGACUAGUAAAGAAAUGUAUGAAGUACAAGUCGGUACAAGAGCAUAGUCGUGCGAUCGAGGCACUUGAUGCCCAUCAUUUAAUUAGUAUCCGACAGCAAAAAAGUGAAAUCUGGAUUACUUAUUAUAUUCUUUACGAUAUGAUGAGUAAACAUUGGAAGAUUUUACAGGAGCAAUAG